CGCUGCCAUGCCGGCCACCAACCAGGGCUGGCCCGAAGACUUCGGCUUCCGGCUGGGCGGCUCGGGCCCCUGCUUCGUCCUGGAGGUGACAGAAGGGAGCAGCGCACACGCCGGGGGUCUGCGGCCCGGGGACCAGAUCCUGGAGGUGGAGGGGCUGGCCGUGGGUGGCCUGAGCCGCGAGCGCCUGGUGCGCCUGGCCCGGCGCUGCCCGCGCGUGCCGCCCAGCCUCGGCGUGCUCCCGGGCCCCGACGGCGACGACCCAGGCGCGGCAUCCGGCCAUGCUUCCGCGACCCCAGCCCUGCGGCCCCCGCGCCCCGGCCGAGGCCUCUCCCUGGGCCGUGAGCUUCUGCGCCUGGCCCGCCGCAAACGCCCCGAGGCCGUGCACCGGGAGCGCAGGUGCAAGGCCCAGGAGUUCAGCCGCAAGGUGGAUGAGAUCUUGGGGGACCAGCCGACUGCCAAGGAACGGGUGUUUGCCGCCCUGAAGCAGUUUGCGGCCGAGCAGCGGGUAGAUGACCUGGUGUGGGCGCUCACCCUGGAGCUGCCCCGUGAGGCCCGCACACCACUCCUGGACAACCUCAGGAUCUUCAUCCCCAAGAAGCACCGGGCGCGCUUCGACGAGGUGGUGUCGCAGGGUCUGCUGGGCAAGCUGUGCCGCGCCCGGAGGGCGCAGGGCGCACAGCGGCUGCGCCGGAGCCGCAGCGAGGAGCGCCCCGAGCGCCUCCUGGUGUCCACUCGCGCCAGCGCCGCCCCGCGCCGCCCCGACGAGCCGCCCCCGCGCAAGGCUGCCUCGCUGCUGGGCGGCCGCGCGGGCCCGGGAGGCACGCGCAGGACAGUCCGAGUCUACAAGGGCAACAAGAGCUUCGGCUUCACGCUGCGCGGUCACGGGCCUGUCUGGAUCGAGUCUGUCCUGCCUGGGAGCCCGGCUGACAAUGCGUCCCUCAAGUCAGGCGACCGGAUCCUCUUCCUCAAUGGACUGGACAUGAGGAACUGCUCCCAUGACAAGGUGGUGUCCAUGCUUCAAGGCAGUGGCGCGAUGCCCACACUGGUGGUGGAGGAGGGGCUCGUCCCAUUCGCCAGCGACUCUGAUUCCUUGGAUUCCCCCAACCCGUCCUCGGCGCUCACCUCCCUGCAGUGGGUGGCAGAGAUCCUGCCCUCCAGCAUCCGGGUGCAGGGGAGGACUUUCAGCCAGCAGCUGGAGCACCUACUCACGCCUCCCGAGCGCUAUGGGGUCUGCCGGGCCCUUGAGAGCUUCUUCCAGCACAGGAACAUUGACACCCUCAUCGUGGACGUCUACCCAGUGCUGGACACACCUGCCAAACAAGUUCUUUGGCAGUUCAUCUACCAGCUGCUGACUUACGAGGAGCAGGAGCUCUGCCAGGAGAAAAUUGCAUGUUUCCUGGGCUACACGGCCAUGACAGAGCCGGAGCCCGAGCUGGACCUGGAGCCGGAGCCCGAGCCCGAGCCCGAACCAGUGCCCGAGCUGCAGCAGCGAAGCUCCCUGAGAGCCUCGUCCAUGUGCCGCCGCAGCCUCCGGUCCCAGGGCCUGGAGGCCAGCCUCAGUUGCGGUCCCGGCGACUGCCCCGAGAUGCCUCUUCCUCUCAUCCCAGGCGAGCGCCAGGCAGGCGACGGCACGUCCCUCCCCGAGACCCCCAAUCCUAAGAUGAUGUCAGCCGUCUAUGCGGAGCUCGAGUCCAGACUGAACAGCAGCUUCAAAGGGAAGGUGGGGACCACGUCCAGAUCCCGUGCCUCCCCACCAGGGCCCAGCCCGGCAGGCCCAGCAGGGCCCAGGACCCUGUCCAGCGUCUCAUGGCCCAGCGAGCAGCACCUACCCUCCCCCUGCUACUACCCACUGUGUUCAGGGGGCCUGGCCUCCCCCAGCAGCUCUGAGUCCCACCCCUACGCCAGCCUGGACAGCAGCAGGGCGCCCUCCCCACAGCCAGACCCCGGGCCCAUCCGCUCCGACAGUCCCCCCAGCCCAGACCCUGCCCGCCCGCCGAGCCGCAGGAAGCUCUUCACUUUCUCCCGCCCCGUGCGAAGCCGGGAUACUGACCGCUUCCUGGAUGUGCUGAGUGAGCAGCUGGGCCCCCGGGUCACUGUCGUGGAUGAUUUCCUGAGCCCUGAGAAUGAUUAUGAGGAGAUGAGCUUCCACGAUGACCAGGGAAGCUUUGUGACCAAUGAACGGAGCAGCGCUAGUGAGUGCAUCAGCAGCAGUGAGGAAGGCAGCUCCCUGACCUACUCCUCCAUCUCUGACCACAUCCCCCCACCCCCGCUCAGCCCCCCGCCUCCACCACCUCUGCCCUUCCAUGACCCCAAGCCCAGCUCCCGCACCCCUGAUGGUCCCCGGGGCCCUGCUCAGGUGCUGGCCAAGCCCCUCACCCAACUCAGCCACCCAGUCCCUCCACCGCCCCCGCCACCCCUGCCCCCACCAGUGCCCUGUGCACCCCCCAUGCUGUCCCGGGGCCUGGGCCACCGCCGAAGUGAGACCAGCCACAUGAGUGUCAAGCGCCUGCGGUGGGAGCAGGUGGAGAACUCGGAAGGCACCAUCUGGGGUCAGCUCGGGGAAGAUUCUGACUAUGACAAGUUGAGCGACAUGGUGAAAUAUCUCGAUUUGGAGCUCCACUUUGGCACCCAGAAACCUGCUAAGCCGGUGCCUGGGCCUGAGCCCUUCAGGAAGAAAGAGGUGGUGGAGAUCCUGUCUCACAAGAAGGCCUACAACACCUCCAUCCUGCUGGCUCACCUGAAGCUGAGCCCCGCGGAGCUGCGGCAGGUGCUCAUGAGCAUGGAGCCCCGGCGCCUGGAGCCCGCGCACCUGGCGCAGCUGCUGCUCUUCGCGCCCGACGCCGACGAGGAGCAGCGCUACCAGGCUUUCCGCGAGGCGCCCGGCCGCCUCAGCGAGCCGGACCAGUUCGUCCUGCAGAUGCUAUCGGUUCCCGAAUACAAAACCCGCUUGCGCAGCCUCCACUUCCAAGCCACCCUACAAGAGAAGACAGAGGAGAUCCGGGGCAGCCUGGAGUGCUUGCGCCAGGCAUCCCUUGAGCUCAAGAACAGCCGGAAGCUCGCCAAGAUCCUGGAGUUUGUGUUGGCCAUGGGCAACUAUCUCAACGAUGGACAGCCCAAAACCAACAAGACCACAGGCUUCAAGAUCAACUUCCUGACAGAGCUCAACUCCACCAAGACUGUGGAUGGGAAGUCCACAUUCCUGCACAUCCUUGCCAAAUCACUGAGCCAGCACUUUCCAGAACUCCUGGGCUUUGCUCAGGACCUGCCCACUGUGCCCCUGGCUGCCAAAGUCAACCAACGGGCCCUGACCAGUGACCUGGCUGACCUCCAUGGCACCAUCAGUGAGAUACAGGCUGCUUGCCAGAGCAUGUCCCCCUCCAGUGAGGACAAGUUUGCUGUGGUCAUGACGUCCUUCCUAGAGACGGCCCAGCCGGUGCUGCGGGCCCUGGACGGGCUGCAGCGCGAGGCCAUGGAGGAGCUGGGCAGGGCGCUGGCCUUUUUCGGCGAGGACUCCAAAGCCACCACCUCCGAGGCCUUCUUUGGCAUCUUCGCAGAGUUCAUGAGCAAGUUCGAGCGAGCACUCAGUGACCUGGAGGCUGGGGAUGGCCCACGCAGCUCAGGGAUGGUUUCACCCCUGGCCUGGUGACCUGCGGAGCCCGUCCUGCCUGAGGCCUGUCCCGGUGGCCUGGAGCAGCCCAGAGCGGCCUGGGUGUGGGAGAUGGGGCUCGGCCUCCCCGUGUCUCCAGCUACCUCAGCCAUCAGGCUCUGGGCAACGGGAAAGUGCAGGGUCCGCCGGCUUCCCCUCUGUGGGCCUUGGCACCCACAGGGGGCAUGGGGCAGAGAGAGGCGCCAACUCCCCGGGGAAUGUGAACCUUGGCUGCCCACCGGCGUGCUUCCACUGGGAGGCCUGGCUUUGCCCCGCCUCACUCUGGGCCUUGGAGCAGGUGCUGGCUGUGCACACCCUCCGGACUCUGGUCUGGUCCCAGGGAGGGGUGGCGGGGCUGCGACCCGCCAGGGGACUGUGGGACGGCCCCCGCCCUGGGGCAGCGUCUGCUGUCUGCCCCACUGAGCUUGGCCAGAGCCCGCUCUGCCCCAACCAAGGACAUCCGAAUCUCCUUUUGGAGCCUGCUUCCAGUGGGCUGGAGGGACACCCUUGCAGAACACGCACUCUGGAGCCUAGAGAAGGUGACAGACGCCCUGGAACAUGCCAUGCCAGUGGGCACAAUAGGCCUUGAGGUCUCCCACCCAGCCCUGGCCUCCUGGGGCUGCUUGGAAGAAAGCGGGAGAAAGGACAGCCUCAGGUGCAGGGACCUGGGGGCCUGUGCACCUAGCCUGGGUCUUGGAAGCUGGAAGAAACUGCAGUUGGCUGCAGCCCAGAAGCAGGGCUGGCAGGACAAGUGCCGGGCAGGGAUACAGGGGAGGACUGGAUUGGGAAGACACGCUAUGUCAGACUGGAGAAUUGAGGGUUUUUAUCCAGCAGACAAAUUUAAGUCCAGUUUGGGGAGCCUGAGAAUGGGAUGGCGUGGGCAAGAUAGGGGCAGAGAGAACGGGAAGAUGUUCAGGUGCUGGGUGAGUAGGACUUGGGCGCUGGUUGCCUGGCUGGGUUGUGGUGAUGUUCCCUGGAAUGGGUCACAUGAGCAGAGCAGGUGUUGGACUGGAUGACACAGUGGGACAUGGCUGGGAUCCCAGAGGCUGUUUCACACGUGUAUCUGGAGGCCCUGGUGAGUUCGGGGGGUAAAGGAGACAGGGAGCAGGGGUGCUGUGGGCGGGGAGGAUGGGUUAAUUUCCUCCAUCCUUCCCAUGCUCCCUUUGGCAGUUUCGGGCAUCAGGUAGAUUCCUGUUGCCUCUUUCCUUAACCUUCUUCCAGAGAAGUCCGAAACGGGCUUUAAACUUGUCUCUUGGAUUCUUUUUCUCUCCCUGCAUUCAAAUGUCUAAUGCUGCUCUUGGACAGUAUUUGGGACCCGUUCAGUUCUUUUUUCAGUCUCCCACAGACUGCUCUUUGAGACCAUGUAUGUUCUUUCCUUGUGAGUGGGGAACUCACAGCCACCCUGUAAACCUGGGGCACCAGGGAGGGGGCUUAGUGGGUGAAAUAUCUGACUCUUGAUUUCAGCUCAGGUCAUGAUCUCAGGGCCGUGAGAUCGAAUCCCAUGUCAGGCUCCAUGCUGGGUGUGGAGCCUGCUUAAGAUUCUCUCUCUCCCUCUCCCUCCGUCCCUCCCCACCCCCGCUAGGCAGCUUUACUAGUCAUGCAGGUCUCUCUCCCAUGUCUGGGGCCUUGGCUGGGACAGCUGGGAUGACUUCAUGUGGCCUCUCAUCCCCAGCCAAAUAGCCAGGAUGGUUCCCAUGGUGGAGGCAGGGGUCCAAGAGAACCAAAGUCACAGAAAACUCCUUGAGGUCUAAGGUCAGACCUCAGACCUGGCACACCACCAUUCUACCACAGUCUCCUGUCAAGUGACAAGGCCAGCCCAGAUUCUAGGGUCCACUCUUGAUGAAAGACGAUGCCAAGUCACAUGGCAGGGGGUGUGGAUUCAGGAGAAUCGGGGCCAUUUUUGCAUCCGUCUACCACCUGCCUGCUUGGCCAGACAUCCCGGUACAGAUCCCAGCCUCUAAAUCCUCAGUGGUCUCGGUCCUGCCAGCUCAGCUCUGGUUAGCCAUCUCACAAUUCCUCCUGGUGGCAUGCUUCUUCCUCUCUCUUACCGAGUCACCCAUUACCUGUCUCCUGACUCUACUCCAUCCAGUGGACAGCAACGCUCUGCACCUGCCUAGGCUGAUUAGUCUCCCUUCUACUGGGGAAAGCACCCUGGUUUUCUUUUCUUUUUUUUUUUUUUUUUAAAGAUUUUAUUUAUUCAUAAGAGACAGAGAGAGAGAGAGGCAGAGGGAGAAGCAGGCUCCCCGCUGAGCAGGGAGCCCGAUGUGGGACUUGAUCCCAGGACCCUGGGAUCAUGACCUGAGCCGAAGGCAGACGCUUAACCGUCUGAGCCACCCAGGCGCCCAGCACCCUGGAUUUCAUUUGGGAAAUUAUCCCUCCCCCACUCACAGGCCCUGAGCAGUGCUGAUGGGACAAGGAUGGUCUCGUGACUCUGGCUGGGUGGCUCAGAGUCCAGUUAAGACUCAAGUUAGCACUGUUUGGAAAGGGAGGCUCCCUCUCUUCUGGAUAAAUCGUUGGAUGGAUAGAGGGUGGAACCCUGGAUGGGGCCGCGAGGACCACUAUGUGGAGGACACUUGCCUGGGUAUAAAGCCAAUACAGGGAAGAAGAGGAGAGAAGACCACUCCAUACAUCUCUCUGUCCCUGAGUCCAACCAUGCCUGAAGCAGACUUCCGGACUUGUCAGUCUCUGAGCCAAUACAUUUCGCCUCCAUUUGUAAACUUUUAAAAUUUAUUUUAGUUUUUUGGGUUAGGCUAGUUUGAAUGGGUUUCUGUCACUUGCAACACUAAGAGGGUUGGCUAAGAACACCCACAGAUGGUUAUGGAUGUUCACUCUUUUCACAUCCUCAAUGAGCGCUCUUCAUAAUUGCAUUGGCCAAUACUUUUUGACUGCCUACUAUGUGCCAGGCAUCAUACUGAGUACAAACACCUUGUGGGUCAGCCUCUCUGAGUUUGGUUUUCUAGGGUUCUACAUCAUGGUGAUUCUAUACCCGAGUCGGUACAAAGCCCUAUAUGUGAGCCCAUAUGUGCGCCAUGGCCCCCCAGCAACUCCUCAUCAAGUGACAAGCUGUGAAUGCAAACAUUUAUGCCCCAGGCAUAAUUUACUUAUUUCUCAAUAAUACUACCCAAAUAACAUAGCCUAAUUACAUGCCGCCUUUCCUAAUCACACAUGUUUACUAGGUAGUGUGCCCAACAUUCUACAUAUUUUGGCUCAUUUCACGUUCACAAUAACCCUCUGAGAUGGGUUUUUGUCCUCUCAUUUUUUCAAAUAAAAAGUGAACCUCAGGAAGGUUUGUGACUUUCUGCAUCAAAAACUCAGCCCUACAUGAAAGCCCAUCCUCUGUGUGGAAAUGUCUUCUUUGUGUUGCUCAACACAAUUUUACAAAGAUAUAUAUAUUUGUAAUCUCGACCUGCUAUCUCCCUGGCAGGAAGCCAUGGGGCAUGCUUGUUGUUCUUAUCUUAACUGACCUUUAUUGAAGCAACACCGGGCACUGUUUGCCCUCCCUUGGCAAAUUCUCACACACCUAGGCUCGGGCUACCAGGUGUCGAGGUGCACCAACUACCCUGUCAUCAGCUUGAUUUCCCACUGGCCUGGCUGCUUCUAGCCUUUGCACACAGCGAGCGCUCAACCAUUGCCCAUUAAAUCAAACCGCAAUCACAUCCAGAUACAGGGCUCCCAAACUGCUCAGGAAAAUGACCACCUUCCUCCUGUAAGAUGGUUUGGCUGCAUGUAUCUGAAGCUCUAAGACAAGGGUUGCAAAGGAAAAGUCCACAGAGCAAACACAAGCAAACAAGGCAAACACAAGAAGUGGGCAGGUGCAAGAAAACGACACAAGACCAGGGACGGAGGGUAGUGACGUGGAGGGACAGGAGAGAGCAUGGGGGCGCCGGGGAGCAAAUGCCCUGUCUGCAGGGGCAAUCAGCCCAUGGACUUCCUUGUGGGGAGGCACACUAUGAUGCCGGAUCUUCAGGCUUUCUCAAGGAAGCUAGGAAUCCGGAUUUUUUUAUUUACAAUGUCCUGGUGAAAUGUUGGCAGCCAGUGCAAAACUGUAAGGAAGAGUAUCAAUUAUGAGCCAAAGAAAACAUGUGAGCCAGAUAGAGCCCAGCUGUGAGUGCACAACCCCUGAAAUAGAGCAUCCGCACCAGUUGGCACAUUCACACUGCCCUGGGGUAUAGUGGGGGUACCCCAUAACAAAGGACUUGAUUCGUUUUUCAGUUUUAACAAGGGAACUGUGUUUGAGGCUAGUUGGUAGUUCCAGUUCCUGGAUGAUAAGAUGCUGAUUACCUUGUUUUGAAGAUGCCCUUUGUUUGAGGAAAUGCACCCGGUGGGUCCUUCAUUCACAGGAAGGCGAGACCCGCACAGUGUUCUGGGGGGGGGAAUCCCGUGAGCUACCACGAAACCAAAUGCUGGUUCCACAGACCAAGAUGUCAAGGAUCUGUUCAGUUGUGCAAAUUAGCUAUCUCUUUACCUUGACAGUGUCUUUAAAGAAAGGGAAAGUGUUUUCUCUAAAGAGAGUUGGACUGGAUUCUUAAAGUCACCAGCAUUGAAUAAACACAGUGAUUGUGUGUUCUUAGACAAUGUAGGGACAGUGUGGGGGUUUCCACAGAAGGAAAUGGAUGCCUGGCUUGUUGGGCAUCCAUGGGCAGGAAGGACUGUAGGAUGCAGAAGGGGAGAGCCCACUGGGGUGGAGCUGGGGACCCCCCAGUAGCAAGAGGUGAGUUGGGUCCUGCCUCAUGAGAGCUACAGGGACAGAAGCCCUGCCUCCCCCACUGGGUGCUGGGUGGACACCCCGGGGGCAGGCCUUAGUUGCAUUGGCAGAACUUAAAUGUGUUAGGAGGGAAUUGGUUCAGGGAUACAAACGGUGGGCAGAAAUGGCGGAACCGGGCCAAGGUUCAGGCGGCCACCACAACAUGUGGCACAUGGCCCCGUCCCUAAAGAAUCCCCCAGAAGCUCUUUGAGGAGGGAGAACCCAAGGGAAAGAUCAGAACUCCCACCAGUUGUAGCCAGAGCAAUCUUAGAAGCAUUGUGCUUUGAGCAGUUAAAAACCCCCAUGGCGUCAUCGUAUCCCCCAGUCUGGGUGAAAUGGGUGGUGAUAUCCGUCCUAGGAAAUUCACCGCACAGAAACAGUCAGGGAUGCAAAUAGACAUCGAGGCACCCGGUUGUCCGUUUGUAUGUGGAGUUGAUCUGAAGCAACAAGGACGUCCAAAAACAAAGGACUUGUGAAAGUAUACAUAACAGUCAUAUGUUGGAAUGGAACAUAGCAAUUAAAAUGUGGAAGAGGUGUUAAGUCAUGGGGGAAUGCUUAUGAUAUAAUAAGUGAAAAAGAAAAAUAUAAAAUUGG